AUGUGCACGGGAGGCUGCGCCAAGUGCCUGGGAGGCACUCUCAUCCCCCUGGCUGUGCUAUGUAUCCUCGAUAAUAUUUUGCUGUUUUUCCCUGGAGGAAAGGUGGCUGAAGAAAAUUAUCACAUUUCAGACGAGGUUUGGUGUUUCGGAGGGAUCUUGGGAUCCGGAGUGUUGAUGAUCUUUCCUGCCUUGGUAUUUUUGGGCCUCAAGAAUAAUGAUUGCUGUGGAUGCUGUGGUAAUGAGAGUUGUGGAAAGAGGUUUGCGAUGUUUUCUUCUAUAAUAUUUGCUGCAGUUGGAGUUCUAGGAGCUGGAUACUGCUUUGUUUUGUCAGCAGUAGCCCUAUACAGAGGCCCUAAAUGUAACACUGGAACAGAGUGGACCUAUCCUUUCUAUGAUGGGAACUACCUCUCUAACCAAACACUGUGGGACCUGUGUAAGUCACCUGAAAACAUCGUUACAUGGAACCUGUCCCUGUUCUCCUUGCUGCUCGUCAUGAGUGGGAUCCAGACUGUGCUCUGUGGCAUUCAGGUGGUGAAUGGCCUGUUUGGAACAAUCUGUGGGGACUGCAAAUGUUGCGGGGGAGGCUCAACUGUCUAA